CCCCCCUCGGGCAGUGCCCGGGUGCUGCCGAGCAGGCUCUCCCCAUGCCCCGGCCCCCGCGCCGCCCCCCAUGCAGCCCCCGGAGCCCCGCGGCCCCCCGGGCCUCGAGGGGCUCCUGGCAGCCGGCGGCUUCGCAGGCGGCCAGGGCAGGGGGGGGCUGCUGCCGCCUCCCCCCCCGGCCCUCGGCGGUCCUUCGCCUCCCCCCGGGAUGAACCCCGGUUACCCGCCGGAGGGCCCGGCCGAGCCGCCCAAGCCGUGUCCCGCCGCCCCGCCGCCCCCGACCGCCCCGCCGGGUCCCGCCGCCUCCGCCCCGCUGCCCUACGGCUACUUCGGCAGCGGUUACUACUCCUGCCGCGUCGCCCGCAGCGCCCUGAAAGCCGGCCCGGCCCAGGGCCCCUUCCCCGCAGAGAAGUACCUGGACCCCCCCGCGGGCAGCGAGGACUUCCAGAGCCGCCCCGCCGAGUUCGCGUUCUACCCGGGCUACGGGGCCCCGUACCAGCCCGUGGCCGGUUACCUGGACGUGUCGGUGGUACCGGGCUUGGGGGGCCCGGGGGAGGCCCGGCAUGAGACGCUGCUGCCCGUGGACGGUUACCAUCAGCCGUGGGCUCUGGGCAGCGGCUGGAGCAGCCAGAUGUGCUGCCCCAAAGAGCAGGGCCAGGCCGGCUACCUCCUGAAAUCCGCCUUUACAGACUCCGCCGGGCAGUUGCCCCCCGACGGCUGCUCCUUCCGCCGGGGCCGCAAGAAGCGGGUCCCGUACAGCAAGGGGCAGCUGAAGGAGCUGGAGAAGGAGUACGCCAGCAGCAAGUUCAUCACCCGCGACAAGAGGAGGAAGAUCUCCGCCGCCACCAACCUCACGGAGCGGCAGAUCACCAUCUGGUUCCAGAACAGGCGGGUGAAAGAGAAAAAAGUCGUCGCCAAAAUCAAAAGCAGCAGCAGCAGCAGUAAUACCCCGUGAGGACACGGCCACCUCCAGCCCCGAACGGCUCCCCGCCUGUUCCCCCGGGGUGUGGGCUCCGGUACCGUCAACGGCGGGAGAGGGGGCGGCGGGGGCACCGCUGGGAAUUGCUCCCGCUGCUGCCGGGUGAGAUCCCCCCAAGAGGAGGGCGAGUUGGGAAUAUGCCCCAUCCCCGCCCGCUUUGCACGCACAGGACCCUGUACAGUUCGCUCCCGUCGCCACGUCGUGCUCUCCCCGUCUCCCACCUUUUCGGAUGGAACAGCGUCCUCAGACGGCUUCUUAAAACAAAAAAAAAAGGGGGGGCGGGGGAGGAUGUCUAAUUGCAUUAAUGAAGCCAAAUCCGCAACUCCCGGCUCGCUGCGUCCAGCGGGAACGGGGCUGUCCGGGGUUGUGGGGAUCACACGGAAUGGGAUCUUUGGAUACGAAAACCAGUACGAAAUCCCCUUAAUUACAGGCAGAAGUAUCAAAAUGCAUGUCUAAGGGAGAAUAAAUAUAGUGCAGGUGUGUUACAUAGAAACACACGUGAAUUGUUUGCAUAAAUGUACAGUAUAUGCGUGUGCCACAUAUGUACCGAGGCACACAUUUCUGAAGGCACGUACUACGGUUUUGCGCGGUUAUAUAUAAAAUAUACCUAUACGUAUGCACAUGCAUAUAUCUAGCAAUACGCAUUAUUAUAUCUAUCCGAUAUUUGUGUUUGUGUGUUUAUAUAUAACCAGCUACCCAGACGUAUGCAAUAUAGUACUGGAUGUGUGGAUAUAAAUAUAUACUCAGAUAAAGGUGUAUAUACACGUGUUUGUAUGCGUCCUUAUACACAUACUUAUAUGUAUGUUCACGCCUAUAUUUUGAUACAGGUAAAUGCAAUUCGUAUAAUUCCAUACACGCUUUCGUUUGUGCCAAUAUAUGUGUAUUUGUACACACAUUUUCCUUCUACUAAUUCUAGUGAUACGUUUCAUAGCAUGCGCUGAGGUAAUCCCCAUAUAAUACUAAACGAUCUUGGUUAAAAAUAAGAAACGUCGUCAUCCUUUUCAACAGAAUAAAUA